ACUGAUGACUUAUUGUUUCAGUAUAAAUGAUUAGUCGUAGCGGAACAGAUCGUAUAUAUUCUGUAUCUUGAUGAUGAUGAUGAUGAUGAUUUCGAAAUUUUUUUUUGUCUUUUUGAUCAUUUUGGUCGUCGGACUCGAUUGUCUCGUCGAAUGUCAACAGAUAUUUGGCGCAAGUAUCGGCAGGUCUUAUUCGGGUUAUUCCCCGAAUACGUAUCAAUAUAGAUAUGAUCGAAUUCCCCAGGGAUACAACAACAAUCGCUGGCAAUGGCCGCAAAGUUUUAACAGUAACAACAACGAAUGGCAAUGGCCGCGAACUUAUAAUAACAACAACAACCAAUGGCAAUGGCCGCAGGGUUACAACAAUCAGUGGCCUCAAAAUCAAUGGCAACAAUUUCCAUCGAAUCAAUGGGGACAGAAUCAAUGGAAUCCGAAUCAAUGGCCGCAACUUCCACAAUUCACCCCGCAAUUUCCCAACAUCCCGAAUAUCCAAAAACCGUUAUUGGGAAAUUUAUUGGAUAUUAUUAAGAAACCUCAACAAUUGGUUCCCAAGAAAAACCCCUAAGCUUUCCCUUUGAUUUAAUUUCCCGAUAGGUAUCGUUAAUUUUAAUAAAAAUUUCGUUACAAGAUAAUUGAUUUUCCAAAAUAAAAUCGUCAAUCAACUUAAUUCCGAGGUAAUCAGUUUGAAUUUUAAUAAAAACAUUAUUAUUCUAUUUCAAUCUCACUCUACAUUAAAUAUUAGAAUUAAAAUCGUAAAACUAUCAAAACAAGACGAUAAUUUAUUAGAUAAGGAAUAAAGUCGAAUUAUUUUUUACCCUUAUAUGCCCUUUAAAAACCGUGUUUUAAACGACGAAAAAAAAAAAGAAUCACGUAGAAAUAAAUCUGGUAAUUUGAUAGGCACAACGCAAAUUUAUUGUGACGUAUUAUUGAAAUUUAUAAUGGAGAUUUGUUGGUUAACGAUUUUUUUCAAUGCUGUAUAUAAUAGAAAUAUUUUAAUUGUCAAUUAGACAAAAAGUUCAGUUUAAAAUUUAUUGUAUUCAUUAUUUUUGAUUUGAAAUUUUUGAACGAACCUUGUAUAAACAGUUAUUUCCUCGACCGAUAUAAAUGAAUAUAAAACUAGAUUUCAAACAACAUAAUUUAAAAAUAAAAAUUGUUAAUUA